AUGUUACCAGUAGAGAUUCAGGUUCAUGCAGUCAGAAUCCAGAGGCAACAUGAAAUACCUUCUGAAGAUUAUUGGAGCAUGAUGGCAGACGAACUGGUCGAGUUAGAUGAGGAGAGAAUGUUAGCCUUAGAUUCAUUACAAAGGCAGAAAGAAAAAGUCGCCAGAGCCUACAAUAAGAAGGUGAAGGACAAAAUGUUUGCUGUCGACGAUUUAGUUUUGAGAGUGAUCUUGCCUAUGGAUAAAAAUGACAGAGUCUUGGGAAAAUGGUCCCCAAAUUGGGAAGGACCGUUUAAGGUUUUGCAGGUUUUCUCUAAUAAUGCCUACGAGGUCGAAGAGUUGGCGCCGGAUAGGCGAAUCUUGAGGGUUGGAGAAAACUAUGUUUUAAACCAGCUGUAA